AUUUAAACCCAAAUAUAAGUCAUUCAUUCACAGCACCUCUAUCCUCUCUCUCUCUCUCUCUCUCUCUCUGUGCAACUCCCAGCAGGCAGGCAGGCAGGUGGGUGGGCGAGUUCAAGAUUUGAGCUUUUUCUCCCAUUCACUGAGAAGCUUAAGAGAGUGACCCAGCAUCCGGUAAAUCCAUUUCAUCGCCAUCUGGUAACUUGCUUGCAAACUGAACUACUUUGAUAUGGCUGUGCCCUUGUGAUGGUAUUGAAUCUAAGCAAGAGGAGGCCAUAUGAUGGCGACUGCUGCUGUUGUCGGUCUUAGUGCAGGAAAGAGGCUCUUGAGUUCCUCCUUUUAUUAUUCUGAGCUCACAGACAAGUUGUCCUAUGCUAAUGACUAUGGGUGGACACACCCUCAGGUUGCUUCCACAAAGAAUGUUAUCACUGCCAAAAAGUCAUCCAAUAAUGGCGGCACUAGUUUCCUGUCCAACCGGCAGAUACGGUCCAUGAAGGCUCUUAGAUCAUGCGAUGUUGCUUGUGAUCCUUCUACUGCAGAGAUGUGGCUUGCGAGUUUAAGCCACUUGGAGUUGGAGGGGGAAAGUUCUCGUCCAGACUGUACGGUGGAGGCUCUCCUCUUGCUGCAGAAGUCUAUGCUGGAAAAGCAAUGGAAUCUUUCGACUGAGACAGUCAUACCUGAUAGAAUAAGAGAACAUACCCACAAGAAGAUGCACAUCACUGGCUCUGGGACAUCUGCGCGCAGACGGAGAACAGAUACCAGGAAGAAAGUUCUGAGGCGAAACGGUUGUGUCAUGGAACCAAGUACAAGUAAGCAUAGAUCCAUUGUGGGUUCAGAGCUGCUCCAGAGCCGUUUGAAAGGAUAUGUGAAGGGUGUUGUAAGUGAGGAACUACUCACCCACUCAGAGGUUGUGCAACUAUCCAAGAUAAUAAAAACCGGUCUUUACAUAGAGGACAGGAAAUCAAGACUGAAGGUAAGAUUGGGAUGUGAGCCGUCAGAUGACCAGCUCGCAGUGUCCUUGAGGAUCUCUCGUGCUGAGUUACAAUCAAAAGUGAUAGAGUGUUCUUUGGCAAGAGAAAAGUUAGCAAUGAGCAACAUUCGUCUCGUCAUGUCCAUAGCACAGAGAUAUGAUAACAUGGGUGCAGAAAUGGCUGACCUUAUCCAGGGUGGCCUGAUUGGACUACUUCGGGGGAUUGAGAAAUUUGAUUCUUCCAAGGGCUUCAAAAUUUCAACCUAUGUUUACUGGUGGAUUCGUCAGGGUGUUUCAAGAGCAUUAGUUGAAAAUUCCCGAACCUUGAGAUUGCCAACCCAUUUGCAUGAAAGGUUAAGUUUAAUACGUAAUGCCAAGACAAAACUGGAAGAGAAAGGAAUAGUUCCAUCGAUCGAUAGAAUUGCAGCAUGCCUUAACAUGUCCCAGAAGAAGGUCAGGAAUGCAACAGAGGCAAUUAAUAAGGUCUUCUCACUUGAUAGGGAAGCAUUCCCUUCAUUAAAUGGUCUUCCAGGAGAAACACUUCAUAGUUACAUUGCAGAUAAUCGCCUCGAGAACAAUCCAUGGCAUGGAGUAGAUGAUUGGGCACUCAAGGACGAGGUUAACAAACUCAUAAGUACAACUUUAAGAGAACGAGAGAGAGAUAUCAUACGGCUCUACUAUGGUCUGGACAAUGAAUGCCUCACCUGGGAGGACAUCAGUAGACGGAUAGGUUUGUCCAGGGAAAGAGUGAGGCAAGUUGGACUGGUUGCACUUGAGAAGCUAAAACAUGCUGCAAGGAAGAAAAGGCUGGAAGCAAUGCUGGUGAAAUAUUGACUUGAUAUGUUUGUAAAAGAGAGUAGAGACUGCAUAUGUAAAUAUCAAGAAAGAAAAGGUUGAAUCUCCAUUUCAUUUUUCUGGAAAGAGGAAUAAGUAUACAUUGCCGUGUAAAAUCUCUAAUUCUAUAUAUUUUUGUCAUACAUUCUCUGUUA